GUCUUCAUCACUAGAACCUUGUGUAUCAGCAUAGUCAAUACAAUACAGACGUGCCACGCCGGUGUAUCAGUCUCAGAUGCCAUAUUCUCCGCCAAAGUGUGGCUCUCCAAAGCGCUUCCAUACCAGCAUUUUGUCUCCCCCAAAUAAUAGGGCUCUAAUCGAGUUGUCUCGAAAAGCACGCAACCCAAGGGAUGUCCUUCAGCCGAGAGAGAUGGUAUCGAGGGAAGAGCGCAGUGCGCAGAUGGUUGAAGAGACACAAAAUGACGGAAAAGAUUCUUGAUAUGAUCGUCCUCGUCGUCUGCUGUAUCGUCCUGCUGCCGGUUUUUGCUGUCGUCGAGUUCUGGUCGCAUUUGCAGACAGUCGCGCGAUGGGUUAAGAAGAAGUUCGUUUGGUGGGUUUUCGAGCGUUCACGGGAGCGGCGGCAAGCGAAGGAGAGGGAGAAGAUCGCUGAGGCGAAGAAAUGGAGGAAUGCCGUGGAACCGCUGCCGAGGGUGAGGCCGCGGGCCUUGACGUUGCAUUCGCGGGUCCCUCUGCCUGAGAAGGGGCUAGCGGCGCAGGACGCAUCGUUUUCCGCCCAGAAGAAGACGGGGAGAAAGAGACGAGAGAUACCUUGCGCGAUCGAGCCUAGGGUCGUGAAGCAGACAACGACUGAUCAGCUUGGAAAUUGCGACCUAUGGAAGCUACCGUACGAGGUCAGAGAGGAGAUUUGGAAGUACGCAGUUGGUGGCCAUCACAUCCAUAUCGUCAGGCGAAAAGGCCGGCUCGGCAACGUAUAUUGCCCGGCCGAAGAGCCUCUCGACCCGUUGCGGAGGGACUUGUGCAUUUUAAAGAGAGACGAGCAAGGAUACUAUCGGCCUACUGCAUGGCCAAAAGACGCUCGGCCUCUGGCGUUGAUGCUGUCAUGUCGGCAAAUCUAUUCCGAAACUAUCGACUUGCUCUACGAUCUGAAUACGUUCUCAUUCGACGAAGCCGACACCCUGCUCCUGUUCUUCGAAACUCUUCUGCCCCACCGCAGGAACCUCAUCUCAUCCCUCCACUUGACUCCCAACCUCAACACCUACCGUUCCCGACCACAAAGCAAAAUUCUUGCAGAGCUAUAUGAGCCCCCGAGGAGCACACUGACGUCCUGGGCAAAAGCUGUCCAGGUGCUCAACAUGCAAGCGAAUCUGCGCUCUCUUGCCGUCAUACCAGUGCUAUCUUUCCUCGGACAGGGUGGCUGGCCCCAAGGCUCGGUCAUCCUAAACUGCUUCCGGGUGCUCAACGAAGCACGCGUCGACGGAAAGUUCACUUUUACUUUCCCAGACGACCCGUCCGGGACCCUUCUGAGCUCCGAGCCGCGUCUUCGCGGGCCCUGGGCUUUUGAGGUUUUAGAACUCACCAGGGGACCGGCAUUCCAACUCAUGUGUUUCCUCGUCCCGUUUAAUGUGCAAUGCUUGCACUGUUCUUCCUACGUCAUCAUCCGGAAAGCCACCAAAGGCUUCUGCGAAGCCACGCUAAUACGAGCCGAGUCCGACUUCUCCUUCGGCGCGGACGCGGACGGGCAGCCAAAGCUUGGGUUCUAUUGGACGUUUCAUUCGUAUUGCGGCGGCUGGAUGGAGUUCCAGUAUGAUUGGGGGAUGAGGGAGUGGAGCGUUACGCAGGGGGGCAGGGAGCUUAGUGAGCGGGAGGCAGCGAAGCAUUUGGCUGAGCAUGGAAGGAAAUAUCCUGUGCUGGAGAGUGCGCAUGAACGGUAUAAUCGGCUAGCAGUCAAAACUUGGUCAGGGGCGAAUGGGAGUUGGCAUCAUUCGGGGAGAACGAUUGACGAGCCUAUGAGGAAGGCGUUCUAUAGGAAUGUUGGGUGGGCUCGGAAUUGAUUGAAUGUAUGAGGAGUUGAAUGUUGGC